GUGAGUACAUAAUAGUGAAUGGCAUUGUAUUCUUAUAAUCAAUUGUUUUAUUUUAACUGUGUACUAUAUUAUACAGGAUAAAUAUAUAUUUCAUUCUAUUUCAGUAAGUAAUACUAUUUAUAGUAUGUCAUUGAUAAUAAAAUAAUUGUUUGCGCCACAAUUAGUAUAAAUCCACAUCUCGUGUAAUAGACAAGGACACUUCACGAUCUAGGGCCGAAAGGAGCCGAGUACACCCGCGCCGCUGCUGCGAAGAAAGAUGGCGAUUUCUGUUCAUCUCGUGUCUGAGAAACGCCGCUUGCACAUAAUUGCGUUGAAUCAUAUCAAUCAUCAAAGAUUUUAAUAUAAAACUACCAAACUAUCAAGGGGUAUAUGCACUAAUUACGCCCCGUGUGUUGUGUGGUGUUCAAUUCAUCGGUUCCUGCAGCAGCCGCCAUAGCAAAAUCCAGAAUUAAAAGUGAUACUACGAUAGCAUAUUACGUACACCGCCAUCCACAAAAAAAAUACAUACGAAUAUAAAACCUACAUAAAUAUUAUCUAUAACUUAUACCUACCUGUAACCGCACUAUCCGUUACUAGAUAUAUAUAUAUAGAAGUUCUAUAUGUACUACAAUGGCUUUAGUUCCUAGAUUUGAAAAAAAGCCAGGCACUUCUGGUAUUUCUGGACAACUAUAUGAGACGAAAUUGUUAACUUUAAUUUUCGUCAGAGCUAAAAUUUUGUCGGAAAUAGAAUCGUUCUACCUGGCGUCCAACAUCAACGGGAUAGGAGCAUUUGAUGAUAUAAUGUUUAUUUGUCAUCGUAAAGAACAGAGAGUACCAGAAAUAUGGUUUAUUCAAGCAAAACACAAAGAAAAUCCAAACAAAGAAAGAUUCAGUGAGGAUUUACUGAAAUCAGAAAAAGAUGCAUUUAGUUUGACUAAAUACUUUGAAAGCUACUUAACAAUUAGAGAAAAAUGUAACAUAUUUGACGAGUUAUUAGGAUGUAAUUUUAUUGAUGCAAAUUAUAAAUUUGUUAUAUAUACUCCCGCCAAAGAAUACUUUUUAAAAAAAUUGGUAAUUGGAUCAUCAGAAUUUACUGACAGAAAUGAUAUAAUUUACACCAGUGACAAAGGAAAGACAUUCAAAUAUGACUACAAUGAAGAAGACAUAAAUUUUCUCACGAAAUCUACAAUAGUGUCGCUUAUUAGACGAUUAUCUGAGACUUUGGUACAAUUUUUCUUAAAUAACAAUAAAAAUUAUAAGAACAUGAUGUCAAACGCAAGCAUUAGAAAAUAUCAUGUAUUUUUAGCUCAAAACGUUUUCGAAUUUCUAGAAAACGAAUUUGACGAUCAUUAUUUAGUUAGAUUUCGACUAACUUUUUUAAAUGAUAAUAAUAAAAAUGUAAUCACGGAAUUAAAACUUAGCAUAUUAAAUCUAUACACAAAAAAUAUAAAAGGUCAUACCAAAGAAUCAAUCAUAAAUAAACUUCGAGAAUUGAGAUUUAAAGUGCCGAAAAACUUUGGCAACCUCGAUAUAUGUAUAAGAGCAAAUGAACAAAAUACGAAACAACGAUUAAAUUACCUGAGUGCAAAAAUUAUCCAACUAUUAAAAAAUAAAAAUAUAACGGUGCAUAAUAUUGUACAUAUUAACGAUAACAUGCUUACAGGUAGUAAUCCUAUUUUGACAGAUGGAGAUCUGAAAGAUAAUGAAGGAAUCGGGGGAUUGAUUGGUAAUUUACUAAUUAUAGAUAAAGAUACAGAAAUGUUUAAAUUCACGGAUACUCCUGACUUAUUAAAAGAAAAUUCUAAACGAAUAUAUAAUAAGUUAAUUUUGGCAUUACAAAAAGAAGGACUAAAUAACUUACAUAAAUUUAGAUUUGAAAUUAACGUUACGGACUUUCCUGCAUUAUUAUUGAUGAACAAGAAUGAUAAAAUAUUAGCCAGGGACUUUUUAAAUAAUCUCCUAUUCUACACAGAUCAAGCUAAAGAAAAUGAAGUAGAGAAAAUAACAAAAUUAGAAAUGACUGUCAAACGUAAUCCUUAUGCUAUUUAUUUAAAUCUUCAUAACUAUAUACAAAAAUGGUGGAUGGAACCCAAAGAUUCGAAUUAUUUAACAAAAGACUGUGCUAUAUACGAAAACGUAUCAGAUAAAUCAACAGUAUGCCAAUAUACGGUGGCAAUCAAUAUAACUAAUUAAGAGUGAUAAAACUAUUUUGAUGCACUUAUUAAAUGUAUGGAUUUAACAUCUCUAGACUUGUAUAGAUAAUAUAAUUUAUAAGUAUAAACCUAGUGCAGUAUGAAUAUUACUAACUAUGUAAAAAUUAAGUAGUAGGCGUUACACAAGAAGUGCUAUCUGAAAGAUUUCAACAAUAAAUAUCGAUUACUGAGAAUGAUACGAUAUGACGCACACUGACCAACAUUGUACCUACUAACACUAAAAUAAAAAAAAAUACUGACAUUUAUAAUCAAGUUUGCUUAAUUACAAGAUAAAUAAUUUACAAAAAGUGAAAUGACAGAUACUAACCGUCUGGUAUGAGCCUAACUUGAACUGAACGAGUGACUACGACUUGGCAAAACUUUAUAUAUGUAAAAAUACAGGAAAUAUUAUCCCAUGUAUGCAAAGCAUUAUAAAUUAAAA